ACCCAGCAGUAUAAGACGUCCGUAGGCCACAGUUAGUCGAUCGGCAAGGCAGCCGUGUGGUGGGGCAAAAUAUUUAGCGGUGCCCCAAGCUCUUCCAAGACGUCUGGCCGGCGUGUAAGAGCAGGCCAAAAUACGCCCGUCUAGAUUGGCGCGUGUGGAGUUCCCUCUCGUGGGAGGCCCUAGCGCCAGCAGUGGCGUGAGCGGGCAAUUGCAGGGCUGCGCCUUUGCCCAGCUUUCGUAAAACUUGGCGAGCUGGCCAGGCCCUCUAGGUGUGUCGCGUUGGGAGUGCUGUUCUGACUCAGCCCAACUGCGUGAGGCAUAGCUGUCUGCUGAGAGGCGCGAGCUCAUCACCUGUCCGAUUCCGCCGCGUCGGAGCGGAGAUCGCGGAGUGACGGCGUGAACUCUCCCGCGACGGCGCUAGCGGCGGCGGCGACUGCAGCGUACGACGCGAUGGCGACGCGCACGCUCGUGCUGGUGCGGCACGGCGAGGGCUCGUGGACGCGCGAGAACCGCUUCUGCAGCUGGGUCGACCAGCCGCUGAGCGCCGAGGGCGAGGCUGAAGCGCGCCGUUGUUCGCGCCUCCUCACGGCCGCAGGGAUCCGCUUCGACGCCGCCUUCUCCUCGCUGCUGACGCGCGCCAUCAAGACCGCCUGGAUCAUCCUGGAGGGCGUCGGCCAGGCCUGGGUGCCGCUGGCGCACAGCUGGCGCCUCAACGAGCGCCACUACGGCGCCCUCGUCGGCCUGAACCGCGCGCAGCUGGCGCUGAACCACGGCGAGGAGCAGGUGAAGGCGUGGCGGCGCGCCUACGACGUGCGGCCCCCGCCCAUCGACGAGGGGCACCCCUACUUCGACGAGAUCCACGGCGACCGGCGCUACGCGAGCUGCGACGUGCCGCGGGGGAAGAUCCCGCGCGGCGAGUCGCUUCGCGACGUGCUCGAGCGCCUGCUGCCCUACUGGGAGGGCAGCAUCGUGCCCGAGCUGCGCGCCGGCAAGAACGUGCUGGUGUCCGCGCACGGCAACAGCGUCCGCGCCAUCAUCAAGCACUUGGAAGGCAUCAGCGACGCGGACAUCCUGCACCUGACCAUCCCCACGGGCGUCCCUGUCGUGCUGCAGCUCGAUGACGAGCUGGCGCCGGUAGGCGAGCGCCGCUACCUGGGCGACACGGCCGAGAUCGCCGCCGCCAUCAAGCGCAUCGAGGACCAGGGCAAGGCCCCCAAGGGGGCCACCGCGUCGCCGGAUCCCCGCGGCGCCGUAGUCGCCGCCACUGCCACCACGGCCGCCGCCUGCCCCACUCCCUAAGCCGUUUGUAUCGUAUCCUGGAAUAUUGUUUGUUCCUUUCUUCGGAACUAUGCGUCGUGGAGAAUGGCUCUUCUUGUUAAGUUAUGUAAUAUUUUAUUUCGUCUCGCCCAGCCCAGCCCAGCACGCCACCUUCGUUCAUGGGCAUGGUGGGGGGGAGGCGUGUGUUUAGUGUUGUUUUGUUGUUUUGUUAUAUCGUUACUGUUACAGGUGACUCUGUUACAACAACCGGCUUUGCCGUUUUCUCCGAAAUAUAAGACUGCUCUGGAAAAUAAGACGUAUCCCCCAAAAACUUGUGCCCAGUGUCACUAAAAUUGAACAAAGACAACACACACAUCUAUCGGAUGAUGAGACGCACCCCCAACUUUUUCUUUAAUAUGCAGGGACGAAAAGCGCGUCUUAUUAUCCGAAGAAUACGGUAUUGUCCAACUCUUGCAAUGCAUGUAAUUCUGGAAAUGUACACAUUUUAAAUCUGUCCCAGAAAUACAAAAAUUGGACCUCGAGACCAAAUUUCCGGUCCGACUAGUAAAAUAUAUUCGGAUCGAUAUAAAUACGAGAAGUCGCGUGGAGUGACGUCGCGUUUAAUGACGCCGUUUGCGGCUCUCUCCCUGCCAAGGGUGGCGUCACGCGGCAUCGAGUGACGUCACUUUAUUACACUUUAUUAGCACAAAGUCGCGGUUUUAUACUUACUAUUUUAUUUACCAGGUAAAGCCCACUGAGCUAUGAGUGUUAAAUUAUCACGGCAUGCGAAUGAUACGAAUGCAUGAAGAAAAUAAUUCAAUCUGAAGUUAUCCUUAAAAAAUUACAACUUCUUGAAUAUGAAGCUCAUCCCCAACUGUUAGCGCUAUCAGAGGUGAGCGAAUGUGUUGUGGUGGUCAUCUGUACCAUCUGCUGACGUGUGGUGUUGAAGCUGAACACGCUAGCAGGGUGAGUGACCCAGCCCAGAGUUGGUAACAAUCGGUGUAUUUCCGUUUCCGGUAAAAACCGAAUGAUAAAAACCCAGUAAACACCGCCUACCGGUUUGUCGCACAUACAGAGCUGUCCCGGGAAAUACAAAUAACACUUUUACCUUUUUUCGCUGGAAACGUAGAGAGCUGGUCACAGUGGUGUAACGAUCGGCACACUGGAAUUGCAAUCCAGAGGUCACCGCUUUGAUCAUCCAACCUCAUAAAUCCCCCGGCAGCUUUCCACCCAGCGGUAUAAAAAAAAUUAACCCGUAAAAACAAAGUUUUUCACUAUAAAUCCUUUAUAUGCGUGGCAUCGGGGUGGCUAGAGUCCUCUCGUCCUCUGGCUUGAGAUGGCUGCCACCUAUGGGUCAGAUGAUUGCCUGCCACCAUUAAGCAAUUGGUAAUUAAAUAUAAUUUUUUUUCCUAAAAAGUGUAAAAUUUUGGGAAAAAAAUUUCACGAAAAUAAAUUGUCACGCACAACGAGUCUGUGUGCAAAAUGUCAGCUCGAUUGGAUCACGGGAAGUGGGUUGAAAAACGACCGAAAGAUUUGCACGGUCGUAAGCACGCAAGCAAGCAAGUGAACUUAAUAUAAAGGAUUUAAAAACGUUGCACCGCAGUGAGUUGAUCAAUAGCUUGCAUAUGGUGGGAUGAAGUGUGGGUACUCUCACAUCUUCCAAAACAUCUGGCCAAUAUGGAAGAGUUUAGCACGUAGGCUUUUGCAACCAAUAUUAUCCAUAAAGAGAGGUGUUUUUUAUUUAGGACCGAAACAGGAGGAUUUCUCCACAACUCUGGCUGUCGCCUGAUGAUGCUGGUUGUAGUUACUGGCGAAACGUCGUACUCGAAUUGUAAAUGUUUUUAGUUUACUCUCUAACACACCGGUGUGCUGUACUAGUAACGACACCUCGAGGCAAAACUGUGGCCUCUCUCUAAUAGUUCCUGCCCUGCAGACAUGCGAAGAUGCCACCAUGUACCAAAAGGUUCCAUCGAAAGUACCAGUAGGCAGUCCAAAAUUAUGUUUACAACUUAAAAAUUCCAUCUAUUUUUAUAUCUUAUAUACACUAGCUUUACGGUCUCGAAUAAGUAGUCAUUAUCGUCUCUCUUUGGCUGCCCUAAGUCUGCUGAGGCUAGGUCUUGGAGGUCACUGUGUGUCUCCUGCACGGCAGCGGUGGCAUCUUGCGGAGAGGGUUGAUGGCGUUUCGCGAGGUUCGGUGGCAACUGGAUAGACUCUAAACGUAUUGGUAUUUUCUUUUACCUAUUAGCAUUUUUAUGAUCUCUUAAAAUAUAAUAAACUAAACUUAAAACUAUUUUAAUUUUACCAGGUAAAACCCACUGAGCUUUCUAGCUCUCUUUUUCAUGAGCGACCUGGCCACAAAUGAUAGCUCAACGAAGUGGCAUAUCAUCAGGGUUGGGAUCGAACACACGACCUUCUGUAUACCAGGCAAGGUAGUUAACAUCUCGCCACCGCAAGAUGUAAUAACGUCAUGCAGAUUUUUUUUAUGUCGUUUAAAACCCUUUAUUUGCAGUUGUGAAGAGUUAGAGGUAGUGGUGGCAGCUUCGGCAGGCCUUCGUUCAUCUAGCAGUGGACUGAUCAUGGCUGAUGAUGGUGGCGAUAUCUUUGAACUUGGCAUCAAAGGGAAUAUUGUAUGCGGUAGACCCCUUCUAUCCAACAGUUGUUGUAACAGAGUUUUAAUAUUUCAUGCAGGUGUUGACGUAACACGUCAAAAAAUCGUUAUUUAAGGAAGUUUUUUUUUUACUUAAAAUGUUUUCGCCUAGUUUUAUACUGAUUUUGUGCUAUUGGCGUAAUAGAUCCCUUGGUGUUAAGAGAACGGGCCCACAGAAGUGGAUAUUGCAGAGCUACCUCUGAGAUCGCUUCAAGUUACGUCUGGUCCACACGUUAAGCGGGGGGCGGGGGGGGGCCCCAGCACUUUCCCACCCCACUCUGCCACUGCGCGUCAUUUAAAUUUCGCAAAUCGUCAACGUCAGUCGCGCGAUCGUAAAUGGUGGCGCGCGAUUGGCCACGUUCCCCUCGUGACUUGGUCUCACGCUGAUCAGCUGAUGGUCUCGGGAUAUUUUGAGUCGACUGCUGGCAAACUUUUGACAGGGCACGCGUCGUGCGCUUUAACUGUGCGUGAGGUUUCUACAAGGAACUCUCACCACAGGGCACUUGAGCCUGAAUUGAGAGCACUUAGGGAUGAUCGGUGUAAGCAGGGAAGGACACAUCAGAGAUUUUGCUCCACGUAGGAAAAAGGAGCAGCCCUCCUGUGGCUUCUCUGGUGUCAGGUCAGAGGUUUGGUACCUCUUAGAUCUCUGGUGUCAGGUCAGAGCUUUUACCUCUGGAUAUCUCUUAUCCUCUUGGUCGCAAUCUGUCACCAUGCCAGAUUGAUCAAUCCCCCGACCCCCCAGUCCCCUCUCCCGUGGUCUCCAUAGCCCCCCCCCCCCAUCCACAGCCUCCCCUCAACCUGUGGCUUCGGAUCCACACACGGCUCCUUUUAAGGACCCCGCUUCGUGACGUUAUUGCGGCUCUUAAAAUUCGGGGAAAAGAAAAUCUAAAGUAGCUCCCUUGUUAUUUUGGAUCCUGACCCCCUUGCCACACACACAAAACCGCCUCCCCCCUCCUCGUUUUUGCCGGUGGAACAGACCCCCCCCCCCCCCCCCGGCAAAAAUAAAUGCAACCUUCUCUGUGUCGUGUGCACACCGAUAGUUUUGCGGGAGCACGCGACGCUGCCCACCGUGACGGCCGCGGUGAGAUUGCGCCGUUGCGCCCAAGGUCAUCAUCUCAAGCGGGAUGUUUUAACGCUUCAAGUUUUUUCUUCCCCCUUCGUCCGAAAAUCGCAGAGCUUUUGAAUGUAUACAGUUUGUAUGCAUUUACGUGUAGUUGUGUAGGUGUGUUUUAUACGUACGUAUGUUGAUUGCAUGGGUAUUCGCUACGAUAUAGCUGAUAAGUCUGUUACUAGCUGUCUCGCGGUAUAUAUAUCAUGUAGUCCAUGAUGUCCUGGAAGUUUCAGAUUGCAUUGGAUAGACGUAUCAUCCACUGUGUUGUGUCCGUGCGUGUGUGCCACAAUACAUUGCCGUAGCAGAGUGACGUUCACGAAUUUCAUUUACGGUCAACGUAGGAAGUCUUAUCGUAAACAAUAUGGUUUGUGUCUUAGCCUUGCUGACAUCAUUCGCAGCUACGUGGGUGAAUGUGAAUUCAAGCAUUUAGUGCGACAGCGGAGUUUUAAUAUUCUUAAGUGUCUUUGCGAUGAAUUCAGUUCAUGUGCAGGUGCGAGGUGGAUUCGUUUCACGGGAUUGUAAGAGGCGGCAGUGGCUUGGCGAGGCCUUCAUCCAGCAGUGGAUUGACCGUAGCUGAUGAUUGCUGACCUGCCCAUGAUGGACAUCUGUGAACAAGUAUAACCCGUAAAAACAAAGUUUUUCACUAUAAAUCCUUUAUAUGCGUGGCGGCUAGAGUCCUCUCGUCCUCUGGCUUGAGAUGGCUGCCACCUAUGGGUCAGAUGAUUGUCUGCCAGUAUUAAGCAAUUGGUAAUUAAAUAUUUAAUUUGUUUUCCCUAAACAGUGUAAAAUUUUGGAGAAAAAAAAUUCACGAACAUUAAUUGUCUCGCACAACGAGUCUGUGUGCAAAAUGUCAGCUCGAUUGGAUCACGGGAAGUGGGUUAAAAAACGACCUAAAGGUUUGCACGGUCCUAAGCAAGCAAGCAAGCACGCAAGUGAACUUAAUAUAAAGGAUUUAAAAAGAGCUCUGUAGCUCGUUGGAUUUCCUCCUGCAGUCUCAAUAAAGAUUCUCAAUUCUGAUGAUUUCCGCUAGAAUUGGCAGUUUAAAUUUCCGGGGGGGGGGGGGGGGGAAGAAAAAUCCCCGAGGGAAUGAUCUAAAUCAUUAUCAAGACAAUGCGUGGGCAGCAAUUGCAGCGCUGGACCUUUGCAUAUAUUUUUUUAGGAUUCCGUUUAACAGCGAGUGUGUCAGUGAAGCUGAAUUCAAAUUUACGUGGAGAUUAAAACGAGCGUUGGAGCCAAUACUUGAGAAGAUAAUUGGUCGGUGUUUCAUCCCGUAACGAGCCAUUUGCAUUUCGUUACUAGUGUUAUUUUGGAGAUGUUACAUAAACUGAAACAUUGUGUGGAGUCUUCUGAAAUGGGAUGUAUACUUAACCAAAGGAAGGCAAUGUGUUAUUAAGACGUUUUUACGAAGUUUUUGCCCUUUCAAAACUACCAUUUGGAAAAGUGUGAAUGAUUAAUGAUUUAAUGUUUAUCAUCAUUGUUUGGAGAAUGAGUUCCGUCAUCACCCAAAUCCAACAAUAUAAGUUUCACAAUUCACUACUUAUAUCACUCAAUAAAAUCUGUGCCGAAACGUU